AUGAAGAGACAAGGAAUACAAGAAAGCGUGACUUCUAUUCCACACGACACCCGAGGCCACCCGCCGCUCCUUCUUGAUCUUGACCAGAAACUGAUUUUACUUUUGAAGAGCAUACGAAACAGAGGUGGUGUUGUUAAUUUCAAUGUUGUCAAAGCCUCAGCCUUGGCAUUAAUAAAGAGCAAUCCCGUGAAAGACUUCAGGGGAUUUGAGCCAACCUCGACCUGGGUGAAAUCAAUUUAUCAACGGUGUAACUUCUCCAGGCGAGCUGGAACCACAACAAGACCCCCCGUUCCUUUAGGGAUCUAUGAAGAGUGCAAAUUAACAUUUUUAACCGACAUCAAGAGUUGCAUCGCAGUGCACAGUAUUCCU